AUGGCUCUGAAACACUUAUUUGCAGCAGGAUUGAGCGCGUUUUCCGUCGUCGUGAGGGCCAAAGCGCAGCAAACUGCAGCCCCGACAUGCACGAGCUAUAUUGCCCCACACAAUGGUGCUCCUUUAGUUGCGCCGGGGUUCCGUGCCGAGAUUGUGGCUGCUGGCCUAAGGGAUCCUCGCAGCAUUGUGUUCGAUCGGGAAGGUGGGUUACUGGUGGUUGAGCAGGGACACGGGAUUAGCAGGUUGAGGCUAUCCGGUAAUAGUACCUGUGUAAGGGUCGAGGGCAACGUGCAAAGAGUAGUCCAGGAUGACUCUCUGAACCAUGGUAUUGCAUUAUCUCAGGAUGGUAGGACGUUGUAUGCAUCAACCCAUAGCAACGUGUAUGCCUGGGACUACGAUGCUUCGCAGGGCAGGACUACAUCUGAUUCUCGGGACAUCAUUAAGGGUAUGGGGGAUAAAGAAGGUCACACCACACGUACUCUCCUCAUGUCUCAGAAAGUUCCUGGUAUGCUACUUGUCUCCCGUGGCAGUGUAGGAAAUAUCGAUCUCCAGACUUUAGAUUUGACCACUGGAGUAUCGACUAUCAAGGCUUUUAACACUAGCAACAUUACGAACUCGGCAUAUGACCAUGCCUCAAGCGGACUGUUGCUCGGGUGGGGACUCAGGAAUUCUGUAGGCAUAGCUGAACACCCCAUAUCAGGUGGUAUCUACUCUGUCGAGAACAGCGUGGAUAACAUCAUGCGAAGUGGAAGACUCAUCAACGAGAACAAUCCUGGAGAAGAGAUGAACUUCCAUGGCUACUUAAAUGGGACUCGCAGCGAUGUCGAAGGCGGCAACUAUGGUUACCCCUCUUGCUUUACAGCAUGGAACGUCUCGGAGAUCCCAGACUAUAGUGGAACAACUGGAGAGCAAUUUGCCAUCGGAGAUCAAAAUGCAACUGUCAACGACACUCUUUGCCGGGAUGACUAUAUUGCUCCCAGAAUCACGUUCAAUGCCCAUAUGGCUCCUCUUGAUAUCAAGUUCAACUCUAACGGAACCGCUGCGAAUCGUGAAGACCCUAUAGGCUACAAACUCAGCCUUGUGCAAUUCGACGGCAAAGGCUCGCCUGUUGCGCCGGCAAACAGCACCACUGCCGCCAUCGAUAUUGUAUCCAAUCUUAAUCUCUCUGCCUGUCCUGGCUCCUGCUUCCGUCCCGUGGGCCUUGCAUGGGAUGCUCAAGGCCGUUUGUUCAUGAGUUCUGACUCGACUGGGGAAAUCUUCGUCAUCACGAAAGAGGAUGGGAGUGGUGUGGCAGACGUGAGCGAGGCCUCGACUGCUAAGGAGAUUCCAAGUUCAACGAUAUCUGGAAGCGUACCUUCGCCGAGCAAGACUUCACAUGCUGCAAUUCAGAAGACUAUGGGGAGUGGUGGUUAUUGGGUUGUGGGUGUAGCUGUAGUGGUUGCACUGCUUUAA